AUGGUUCUUUCCCUUCAAAGCUCACCACGGUCUUCUAGUGUUGGCACCUGUGAUUUGGAUGGACUUGAUUGUGAAGGUAUACGCAGAAGAAUGGGUGGGGACCAAAAGCCCUCUUCUGGUAAUUUCCCUGUGAUAACCUCUUUGGAACGCUCGAACAUAAGAAAUUCUGCAUUUAGUUUUGAAGAAACAGAUGUUAGUUACAAUGUGCGAACCAAGUCCACUGAGCCGACAGUUGGUCUUAGGAAUGUCCAAAAGCCCGCUGCAAGGAUCGUGGGCUUCGAAUCUCGCGAAACAAGUUCUAGUUUCAAAGGCGCAGUUAAUGAAACAGAGUCAAGCAUGUCGAUUGUCAAGAAACGGUUGCUGUCACCAUUGAGUGGCAUGCUAUCUGCAAAGCAAUUCAAUGGGGAUUCCCUGAACAUUGGUUCUCAUCCUUCUCAGAUGCACUACGAUAACAAGAAGGCAAAUGUUGGAAGCAAAGUCGACCUCACUUAUCCGUCUUUUUCAUUAGCUAGGUUCUUGGAGCAAAAGGAAGUGGUGUAUGAUAACAGUCCCAAAACAUCUUCUACUGAUGGAAGAUCACGACUUAGAGCAGUAUCAUUAUCCCCCAAGAAGUCAAAUUCUCCUCUCUCUUUGUCUCCUCUAGGUCCAAGAUUUCCAGAAAGAAUUAAAGGUCUAGGAGCAUGCAGGGAAUCAGUUCAUGGGCUUGACUCUUGCUUCACCUAUGGUUCAGAAGAAAUAGACAUUUCUACAAGCAGAUCACUUGAAGAUGAUGAUCUAUUUUGCAGAGAAUUUAACUCAUGUUCUCCUGAUGAUUUAAGCUGGUCUAUAAUCCAUGGAUCAGCUCCAUCUAAAAGCAUAAGGUUUGUGAGAAGUCUGAGCGGUCCUUCAGUCAGGCGGUCCUUGGUCGGUUCAUUCGAAGAGUCACUAUUAUCCGGACGGCUUUGCUCCGGAAAAUGCACUCAGAAAAUAGAUGGUUUCCUUGCUGUAUUAAGCAUCACUGGAGGGAACUUCUCACCACAGUCACAGAAGCUCCCAUUUUCUGUGACCAGUUUACAUGAAGAUUGUUAUUUAUUGUACUAUGCGUCAAUUAAUCUAGCUGGGAAUUCCUCUUCAAAUAAGCAACGAAACCUUGGCCUCAGAUGGAGUAGGGACGGGAAUAGUGGCGAUUCACAAAGUGUGAGGAGUCGUUUACGUGUUCCAAUGAAAGGGAGAAUUCAACCGGUUCUCAGCAAUCCCGAAAGAACACCAUUGCACACCUUCCUUUGCAAUUAUGAUUUGAGCGAUAUGCCAGCUGGUACCAAGACCUUUCUGCGCCAGAAGAUCGGCUUAGCUUCAUCUGGGACAACUCUCGCUGAGUUGAAACUGGGGCAGCAACUGGAUUCAGAGAAGAAGGUCCAAGAGAAGGCAGAAGGAAAACCGUCUUCUGUUGAUGAUCAGAGAAUUGAAGUUAAGAGCAAUGAGAAUAGUAGUCCCACCACCCAUGGAUGUGGUGCCCUACGCUAUGCACUUCAUCUCAGAUUCCUCUGUCCUUACCCUAAGCGGUCUCCUAGCAAGUCGGGAGCAGCUGAAAAGGCAGCUUCAAGUCCUAAAUUGGAAGCCCACGUGAAUCGGAGGUUCUACUUGUACAAUGACAUGAGGGUGGUGUUUCCUCAGCGCCAUACAGAUGCUGACGAGGGGAAGUUGAAUGUGGAGUACCAUUUCCCAGAAGAUCCGAGAUAUUUCGAUGUCGCGAGCUGAAUCAAUGAACUUGAAUUGGGUUUCCUUCAAGGAGUGUACAUAAAUAUGGUUUGGGGGUCAGCCGAUCAUGAUGUUUAAAUUGUUUAUGCAGUUAGUUGUUCUUAAGUCGUUUCCAGAUUGUAAUCUCUGAAAAAAUGGCAUUAACCUUAAUUACAUCUGUAAAUAUGGGGCAGCUUAAUAAUCUUAGUUCCAACAAUUCACAUUCUACCCUCUUAUUUGUGUGUGUGUGUGUUGUUAGCUGGUAAUACCCCAUUUUGUGGGUGGAGUAUCUGGUUCCUGGUUGUUAUGAAAGAGUUGGUUGAUCUUG